AUGGUCGCGCUGACCUUCGCUAUCCUCAAGGUCGCACGCAGCACUUGGAUAGCACUCGCCGGGUCGAUCGGCUUAGUUCUGCCGUCUGGCGGCUCCGUGUCGUUCCUGUACGGUUUUAUCUUCUGUGUCCUGUGCAAUCUUGCCCUCGCGGCGAGCUUGGGCGAGCUAGCUGCUAUCUGGCCUACGGCAGGCGGGCAAUACCACUUCGUCUACGCCUUGUCGACUGAGAGGUGGAAGAAGUUCAACAGCUUCUGGGUUGGCUGGACCAAUAUUGCUGGAUGGCUCACGCUCGUGACUACCGAGGGCUUCUUUGCUGCGCAGUUCAUCCAGGCCGCCGCCGUCAUCGCCUCGGGCGGAACUUACGUGAUCGAAUCAUGGGCCACAUACCUGAUAUUCCUCGCGAUCCUCAUAUUCACGACCGGCGUGAACAUAUGGGGGAACAGGAUACUAGGCCGUUGGAACGACGCGGCGCUAUACUGGUCGCUACUGGCUGUGAUCGUGACCAGCAUCGUCCUCCUCGCGACCUCGGACAAGAAUGACGCCCACUUCGUCUUCGCCGACUUCGAGAACGAGACGGGGUGGUCCGAUGGGAUGGCCUGGAUCUUGGGUCUGCUGCAGUCGGCGCUCUCGCUCAUUGGGUUCGAUACCGCGCUGCACAUGACGGAGGAGAUGCCGCGGCCGUCGGUCGAUGCGCCACGAGCCAUUCUAUACGCCGUCUGCGUCGGUGGAGUGACUGGCAUUGUCUUUAUUCUGGUCAUACUGUUCUGCAUCACGGACACCGAGACGGUCUUGGGAACGGCGACCAAGAUGCCCAUCGCCGAGCUCAUUCUGCAGUCCACCGGUAGCCGGGCCGGGGCAACGAUCCUGACCCUGAUGCUGGCGGUGUGUUUCAUAAACGGCACGAACGGAUGCGUCACUAGCUCAAGCAGACUGCUGUAUGCCAUGGCUCGGGACAAGGGGAUUGUGUACCACAACUAUUUCGCACACAUCAAUCCCGGCCUAGACGUCCCCGUCCGCACUAUCAUCUUCACCUUCCUCUUCAACGUCCUCUUCGGCCUGCUCUAUCUCGGGCCCUCGGUCGCGUUCAGCGCCUACGUGGCCAGCUGCACCAUCUUCCUCAACGUCUCCUACGUGAUCCCCGUCAUCGCGCUGCUGGUCCGCGGCCGCGGGUUCCUGAGGCAGUUCCAGUCGGAGCGGACGUACUUUGCGUUGGGGAGGAGCGGGUUGGUCCUGAACUGGGUGGCCGCUGUCUUUGUUGUUGUCACGUCUGUGUUCUUCUGCUUCCCGGCCGUGCUGCCGGUCUCGGGCGAGAACAUGAAUUACGUUACUGUCGUCAUUGGCAUCUUCCUGGUCGUGGUCGGUGCGUACUGGCUCGCGUACGGCAAGACAUUCCAAGGGCCUGAUCUCGGCGUCAUUGUUGGACAACAGCUUGUGGAUGAAGAGGCGCUGAGACAUGUGCGGGAGACUUCUUCGAGCGGUCCGGAUGAGAAGUCUGGGCGGGUCUGA